AUGGGCAGCGUAGGAGAUGCAGGAGUCCCUCAGGAUGAGUCUCGAUCCAACGUGAUGGAAGUCGACGUUUUGAUCGUGGGCGCUGGGCCAUCUGGAGCAUCGUUGGCAUGUUUUCUCGCAUCUCACGGCAUCAAGGGCCUGAUGAUCUCAAAUUGGCCGUCGACUUCGCACAUCCCAAAAGCGAACUACACCAACAUGGCUGCUUUUGAGUGUCUCCGAGCCAUUGGACUGGAAGAAGAUGCAAAGAAAGUAGCCUACCCGAUCUCUCAGUUUUCGACAUACCACAGAAUCUGCAAAAGCCUUGCUGGCGAAGAGAUAUAUCGAGCAUAUGCGUUUGGCAACGAUCCGCAUCGACAUGGUGACUACUCCGAUGCUAGCCCUUGUGAGAUCAUGAGCCUCCCACAGCGAGAGCUGGAGCCAAUUCUCAUUCGUUAUGCGACACAGAACGGAUUCGUAUGUCGGUUUGAUACCGAGCUCGCUGCGUUUCAGCAGCAUGAAGACCAUGUGGAGAGCACAAUCAUCGACCUAGUCACUGGCAAUCAGACCUUAGUCCGAUCCAAGUACCUUUGCGGCGCCGAUGGAGCUUCUAGUAAAGUUGUUCGAGAAUUGGAUUUGCCUAUGAACGAUCGGAAAGGGGGAGGAUUAUCGAUAAAUUUACUUGUAGAAGCAGACCUUACUCAUCUCGUCAAAGACUCUCCUGGUCUGCUGCAUGUCAUGACGAGACCCGAUUUGCCUCAGCCGUACUACGGAAUAUUGGGCAUGGCACGAUUCAUCAAGCCUUGGACGGAAUGGGUCAUCGUUCUGAUCUGUCGCCCCGGGACUACGAAAAUCACAGCCACAACCGAAGAAAUUAUGACCAGAGCAAGAGAGCUGCUCGGAGACGACAACGUCGACAUUAAGUUGAAAAACAUGUCUAUCUGGAGGACAAACGAAUGCUAUGCAGAGCAGUACAGUAAAGGCCGUGUGCAUUGUCUGGGCGAUGCUGUACAUCGACACCCACCACAGAAUGGCCUUGGCUCAAAUACUUGCAUCCAAGAUGCCUUCAACCUUAGCUGGAAGAUGGCGUAUGUCCUGAAAGGUCUCGCUAACCCAUCGCUACUUAAAACUUACAACGAUGAGCGGCAGCCGAUUGGGAAGUACAUCGUCGGUCGGGCGAAUGACACUGGACGCCUGCACUUCGCACUUUUCAAAACGCUGGGCUUGACCGAAACCGAUCCUUCGCGCAAGUCUGAAAUCGCGGCUCAAUUCGAGCAGGACUCUCCGGAGGCCCAAGUUAGACGCAAUGCGUUUCGUCGGGCUGUCAAAGGCUUGGAUGAAGAGCGACAUGCUCUCGGUGCUGAGAUGAACCAGGCGUACGAAUCCCUUGCAGUCUACUUAGACGAUGAGACCCCGGAGUCCAGAGCCACGUUGCCUGUCGAUGAGCAUUUAUACUGCUUGAAUCAUAUCUCAAGCUCCACCCCGGGUUUCCGAGUGCCGCAUGCGUGGCUUCAGGAAGUCGGAAGAGCAAAGAUGGUGUCAACGAAGGACUUGUGCGGCCAUGGACGUUUCACGAUACUCACUGGUAUUGGUGGGAAGAAUAAAUGGCAGACAGCAGUCGCAAAAACAAAGGAGACCACUGGAGUUGGUAUCAGCAUUGCUACGAUUGGCUGGGGCCAAGAGUAUCAAGACACCUUUUUCCAGUGGUUCGAGAAGCGACAGAUCGAGGAGGAUGGUGCCAUACUGGUCAGACCCGACCUUGUGGUCGCAUGGCGCUGUAAGCAAGCUCCUACGGAGGAACGUGUGCGCCAGGACAAGCUUCUGCAGGUAAUGAGACGUAUCCUCGGAUUUCAGGGGUAG